AUAGCAACAUAGUAGCAGGUAGCCUAUCAGGGUGUUAAAUUAUGUAAUGUGCUAUUGUGCACAACGCUCUUUACCAUUUUUUAUUUAGUGUUAUGAUCAGUUGAUUUAACGGCUACAAUUCUUACUGCCCAAAGGAAUAUAUUUCCGACUGUGUCAUGGAUGGCAUUUUGAACUCGAUUUUCUCUUCGGAGGCAGAGGAGCUGUAUGUCUUGGACUACCUCGCGUAUUUUAUGAUGGUUAUGGCACUUAUGACUUUCGUAACGCUACUUUUUGAAAACGUGCCUUAUGGGAGGUACGCCACCACCAGAUACGGAUUUCUCGUCAACGUCAAGUUUGCCUGGUUUGUCCAGGAGCUUCCUGCAUUUUUUGUACCUGUGUACCUGGUCUUCCUCACGCCAGCAUCGAAAACAUCCCACCUGCCUAACCAGUUACUUCUUUGCAUGUAUUUUUGCCAUUAUGUGCAAAGAUCUCUCCUAUACCCAUUUUUAAUCAGAGGAGGUAAAGCGACCCCCUUCGCUUCGUUUGCCCUGGCCUUUGUCUUCUGCGUCUACAAUGGCUACCUCCAGACCCGAUACCUGAGCCACUAUGCAGACUUCCCUUCAGAUUGGGUUACACAGCCCUCUUUCAUCAUAGGAGGCCUUCUGUGGUUGUGUGGGUGGCUCAUCAAUGUGCAUUCGGACCACAUCCUGCGGAACCUUAGGCAGCCAGGGGAGACUGGAUACAAGAUACCCAGAGGUGGGCUGUUUGAGUUGGUCUCGGGAGCGAACUUCUUUGGUGAGAUCGUGGAGUGGGCAGGCUUUGCCCUGGCCGGUAACUCCAUCCACAGCCUGGCGUUUGCCAUCUUCACCGCGGUCGUGUUGGCCAGCAGAGCCGUGGCUCACCACAAGUGGUACCUCUCCAAAUUUGAAGACUAUCCGACAUCAAGAAAAGCUCUAGUGCCUUUCAUUUUUUAAAGUUGUGCGUGUGUGUGUGUGUUUCUUUUUUUUGUAUCUGGACUACUCUUUGACCAAGUCAGCCUUGGGAAUAUUUUUUGUCCCCCAAGAACUCACAUCAUGGAACUCAUGCCUGUAAUUCUGCCUGUGAAGAGCUAAUCUCAUUGUUUUUAAUGCUGUGAAAUGGCUUCGUUCUUCCACCACAUUGUGCACUGCGGAGCUGUGAGCAAGGAAAUUGGAUUUUGCUGGAGCAAGGAUUUCCUCAACAAGGCUCUUGCUGUCUUUUUUUCCCCCCGCACAUGCUGAGCAAAACACUACAUCUGAGCUGAAGAGGCGGCUCUUUUUUGAAGAGGACACGAGUCAAACCGAUAUCCCAACAUGCGUCACUUGUCCCUCAGUAGGCUUAAGCAAUCAUCUGUUGCUUUCUACAUGCUGCAGAGCACGUUUUUCUCUGGUGCUCCGAAAAACAAGAGCAAGGUGCUUCUUCCCGAUAUCAGGGGCCUAGACUACAAAGCUGCUUCAGCAGUAAACCAGGUUAAGUUAAGAGGUAAAUCAUCUAAUAGAAGAGUCCCCAUGAUUUACCUCUUAUCUUAACCUGGCUUUACUCCUGAACCAGCGUCUUAGUAUAUGCCCAGGGACGUUGUGAACUGGCUUUGUUUGACGUGUUUUUGCUACUCUCAUCAAAAUACAUUUAAAAAAUAACAAAUAAUGACUACACAGCAGCAUUAUAGCAUGCACUUUCAUGUUUGUCUUCAUACUGUAACAUACUACUACAUAUGUUUUAUUAUCUUACAAUACCAUUACAUCGUGGUUUACAGUGUUAUUAUUUUUACAAUACCAUUACAUUACUUUACAAAACCAUAGUGUUGUACAUUGGGAGGCAGUGUGAUGCUUCCAUGUCUAUGGCUUAAAGGGGAAAUAUAGAAGGGGGUGGUCUGCCUGACUGUGGCAGGAGAAAGGGAAAAGGGGAUGGUCUCUCUGGCUGGGGGGGGUGUCAACCUCUGUCCCCCAGCCACACCACUUAUUUUUGCUCAGAGUCUAGCCCACUAAACUAGCUAAUAGACAAGGGCAUGGUGCAACAGAAUACUGUGAAACUAUGUUGUUUGCAUGUUGAAGUGAGGCCUCUGUCCGUUCACAAACUUCUAUUUUACAAACAACUUUACAUUACAUUCAGCAGACGCUUUCACAAAGUGACUGACGAGGAGGCCAUACAGGUUAGGGGAAUGUUACAGAAGACAGCAUUACUGAAUGGAGCACCAAGGUGGACAAUAAACAUUACACAUGUGUAUGGGAUGGUGAUGUAUUCAUUAUUUUAAUGAUUAUGACAUUGAUGCAUUACAAUGUGACAUUGGGCUGAAAGUAGAGUGAGUAUCUGCUUUUUGGCUAGAGCUCGGUUUACCACAUUAAGAGAAACGAUCCACUGUGCUUACAGUGAGACACAACUAACGCAACUUCUAAAUAGAGCGUACUAAUACUUUGAAUGUACCAUGAAGAAGACAAAUGAUGUUCUAUACUGUGAUGACAAGGACUUAAAGACACCAGGAGUAAUUGUGUUUACUUAACCUAACUUUGGAGUGGAACAUGGGCAUACCUUGAAUGUAUUGUUUACUUUGAGUGCUGUCCUUCAAUAGGAAUGUUUUUUUUUCUUCAAACUCUUCAUAUUCAUUCCAUAAUGUUCAAUAAAUUCCGAUUGUUACUGGCUAUUCAUAUGCUCUUAACAUAGAUAUUGUCUGUUUCCUGAAUAUAUCAUUCCCAAAUGCC